GUCACUAGUAACCGUGAUGAAAGCUAAUAAUCAAACACAGCCCCUCUAUCACAACCUCAACUUUAAAACAUAUGAAAUUUUACCUUUACCCGAUCGACAACAGAAAUCUACUUAUUGUUAUCCGUGGUCUAAAUUCCGGCAUCAAAACGUGAGACAUCUCAUAUUCGCAAACGUCAUAAUUCUGAGGUGCGGUUGUUGACACACACAGCGGAGGUGAAUCGCUGACACAUUUCCACGUUCCCUUGGAUAAAAACCACGUCGCUUUCGGACAUUCAACCAGUUUAUCUUUGACGUGCAAGUGAGACAUCUUCGAUAACCUAGACGAGAAUGACGCUGAAUUUAUGUGUGGCGCUUUUGAGUUGUACACUGUUGUUAGCAUUCUGUCGUUGUGGAAAUACUCUUCUCUGCUAUCAAUGUGCCGCAGGUUCUGAGAAUGAAUGUAACAAUAACCAAAAUCUAACCUCGUGUAAAGUAGAAAAACAGCUUUGUACCACAGCAAUAUUUUCGCACUCGAACAACGAACAUACCUACUCAAAAACUUGCUUACCACCAUUUUUUAUCAACGGAUACUGCGAAAGAAUAAACAAGUCAAGACCUGUGUAUAACUGUUCAAUUUCCUCUUGCGAUAAGGAUUACUGCAAUGGUCCACCACCUACAACACCAUCUACAACACCAGCUACAAUCGCAACCACAACUGAUAACAAGAUUCCCACUAAAGACAUGAAUAACCAAGAAUCAACAGCCUCUCCAAAAGAUACUACUGUCCGGUCUGGAAGCCCAUCCACAACUUUUGGCUUAAGCACUUCGGGAAUUACAAUAGUCUCUUUAGCUCUUUGGAACAUUUUAGAGAUAAGCUACAUCAGUUAACUUAAUACGAUUCAGCCGAAUGUUGAUGGAAUGUUAAUUCUGUUACAGUGAGAUUUAUUCACACUUUAAACCCAAGGGGUGAUCAGCAUCUAAUUUCUCCUUUCUGUAAUAAGGCUAAUUCAUUUUUUAAGAUUAUGAGGAUAACUAAAAUGAUCACUAACCUAUGAAGCUCUGAUUGUAAAAUAAAUUCUCGAUAUCAGUACCAUAAGGAUUGUAAAGAUGAGAGACUGGAGAAUGUGGAUACUGUUUAUAAGGUGUUAAGGGUAAUAAGUUGACCUAUAUGUAACCAGAACAUAACUUGCUUGUAUAUAAAAUCAUCCUUACAGUAUUUAAAAGUUUAUAAAAGGUUGACCAGGAAACAAA